AUGUUGAAUCAGGUCCGUUCCCCAUUCCAUCCAGUAAAUGAAGGAAAAAAAAAUCCGUCUCUCUCUUUUUUCUAUUUUACUCUCUUCUUCCUCCCCAACCUUUCUUUCUUUCUUUCCUUUUCUUUCACGCUUUUCUUCCUCUACCUCCAACUCCUUCUUUCUCUUCUAUCUUUCCAUAACUUCCUCUUUUCUCUCUUUUUCUUUCUUUCUCUUUUCCUCUUCCAUGCGCCACCCUACUCUCCCUGUCUCUUAUUUUCUUUCUUUUCUAUUCUGUCACUCUGUCCUCUCUCUCUCUCUCUCUCUUUUCCCUGCUUCACUCUUUUCUUCUCACUCUCUUUCGCGAUUUCCUACAUUCUUAAAAUUUUCUAUUCUCUCCAAAUUUUCAUUCUCCUCUUCCUUCCCUACUUGUCUUUCCUUUCUUCUCUCUCAUCCAUUUCUUCUUUAACUGACUGCCCUCUCUUUCUUUUCUUUCUCUUUCUUUCCCUCUGGAUUUUUUCUUCCUCUAUCACUCUCAUUCGUCUUCCUUCCUUUCUUUCUUUCUUUCUUUCUUUCUUUCUUUUCUUUGAGGAAGACUCCAAAUUCUCUCACUCUCUCUCUCUCUCUCUCUCAUUUUUUUUUUUUUCUGAAAUGAAUUUAUUUUUUUUUUUAACCUCUCUUGUCUCUCUAUUUCCUUCUUUCUCUACAUGUCUCAAACAACUGUUUACUUUGUUCUUUCUUUCUUUCUUUUUCCCACUCUCUCACUUUCUCUCUCUCUACUUGUCUCUCUCACUGUUUAUUCUGUUCUGUUCUUUCUUUCCGAAAAAUUCUGAUGAAGUUUUUCAAACGUCUGUUCUUUCUUUCUUUCUUUCUUUCUUUCUUUCUUUCUUUAAUCCCUUUUCUAUUUUACCCCUUCCUGGCUUUCGUUCAUUUUUCUUCUUUCCUUAUGUCUUCUGUUCUUUCUUUCUUUCUUUCUUUCUUUCUUUCUUUCUUUCUUUCUCUCUAUUCGCCAUACUCCCUCUUCCUCUCUGUUUUCCCUUCUUUCUUUUCCCCAUUCUCUCGCAUAAUCAAUGA